AUGUUAGCAUGUAUAGGUACAGGUCCAAUCAGGAGAAGAAGAAACAAUACCAACAAUAAUCAACAAUACACUAUUACAACACCUAGAAGAAGUGAUAGAAUUCAGCAAAGAAACCACCACCAACAAAUUCAGGCCCUUAAUCAAGAACAACUCCAGAGACGUCAAGAUUUGAAUCAAAGACUUCUAAAUAUUUAUCAGGGAAUGCAGCAAGAAGAUUUGGAUAUAUUGAGGGCUCAAAGGGGCUUGUUACGAUCAUUUUCUAUUUUCCAGGAAAACAAAGAAGGGUUUUUGCUAGUUAUUACCUUAGCUCAAUUAACUAUGCCCCAGUUUUUACCAGUUUUCUUCGGAUUUCUAGUUUCUGGGUCAACAAAACUUCCUAAUGGUUUGGGAUUUCUUUUCCCAGUAGGUUCAAUUCCUACAAGGAAGCUUGAGUCAUUUCAUUUGAUAAUUGCCAGUGAUUCUAUAAUAAAAAUUGUGCAAGAAAAAUGUUCAAAGUGGAGAUAA